UUUAUCUAUUCUAAAGUCCAAUUUUAAUAAAAGCCAAUCCAAAUCACAUGGGGAUGGGGUGGGUUGGUUGAUUGAUCAUCCAACGAUGAAGCAAAGCAAGAAGCCAAUCAAGAUCAUCACAUGCGUUUUGUCAUUUCGUCUCACUAGUUGAAGAGUCCUGCUCGCUUCUCUCUCCCUCGAGUCAGUCCAAUCCGGAGGAGUUGGGUGGAAGAGUGGUCAUUCGGCAGAGGAGGAUGGCGAGCAGCAACGGCAAGGCGGCGCAGGCGGAGGAGGGGAAGGCGGCGCCGGAGGGGUCGAUCGGCGGGUACGAGUCCCUGCACAGGCUCCUGGAGGCCAACCUCUCCCCCGAGCUCUUCCAGGAAGCAAGCCGGUUGCUGUUGGGGCUGAAUUGUGCACGACCUCUUGAGGCUAUCGCACUGCCUGAAGCCACAAUGACUCUUGCAGAAACGCAUAAUUUUGAUGUGCAGGCCUUCCGUUUUAGUGCAGAUAAAGAGUUUCUUAGGCAACCACGAGUUGUUCGAGUUGGUCUAAUUCAGAACUCAAUUGCUAUUCCCACCACUUGUCAUUUUUCUGAGCAAAAGAAGGCUAUCAUGGAUAAAAUUAGACCCAUCAUUGAUGCAGCUGGUGCUUCUGGUGUCAAUAUUUUGUGCUUACAAGAAGCCUGGACAAUGCCUUUUGCCUUCUGCACACGUGAGAAAAGAUGGUGUGAGUUUGCUGAACCGGUUAAUGGAGAAUCAACUCAUUUCCUUCAAGAACUUGCACAAAAGUAUAACAUGGUAAUUGUGAGCCCAAUCCUCGAAAGGGAUGUAAACCAUGGGGAGACUAUUUGGAAUACUGCUGUCAUUAUUGGAAAUAAUGGCAACAUAAUUGGCAUUCAUCGAAAGAAUCACAUCCCCAGAGUUGGUGAUUUCAAUGAGAGUACAUACUACAUGGAGGGUAACACUGGGCAUCCAGUGUUUGAAACAGCUUACGGCAAAAUAGGAGUCAACAUUUGUUAUGGAAGACAUCACCCCCUUAAUUGGCUUGCAUUUGGCCUCAACGGAGCUGAAAUAGUGUUCAACCCAUCUGCAACUGUUGGUGAACUCAGCGAACCAAUGUGGCCUAUUGAGGCAAGGAACGCCGCAAUUGCAAACAGCUACUUCGUUGGAUCAAUUAACCGGGUUGGCACAGAAGUAUUCCCAAAUCCUUUCACAUCUGGUGAUGGGAAACCUCAGCAUGCAGACUUCGGCCAUUUCUAUGGAUCUAGCCAUUUCUCAGCACCGGACGCUUCUUGCACCCCAUCACUAUCACGCUACCGAGAUGGCUUGGCCAUCUCUGAUAUGAAUCUCAACCUAUGCCGCCAGAUCAAAGACAAGUGGGCCUUCCGCAUGACUGCUCGUUACGAUAUGUAUGCUUCCUUGCUAUCAGAGUACUUGAAACCAGAUUAUAAACCUCAAGUCAUUGUCGAUCCCUUGACUAACAAGAGGGCAUAAGACUGAGGUUACCUGGAUUUAAAAGGAGGCCAUUUGUGCUGGGACUUCAACAGCACGUGUUUACAGUUUAGCAGAAUAAUCUCUUUGAAGGUGCAGAUGGAAGUCUCUGUUUUACUUUCCUUUUUUUCACAUCUUGUAAAAAAGCAUUUGGUGUACAUUCACUGAAGUUUGUUCAACCUGACUUUACUCAAUAUUGGAAACAUAAA